AUGGAGCACGUGCAGCAAUUUCACGAGUAUCUGCUUCGACAGCGAACACAAAUUCGCAACCACCGACGAACUCUUCAGGCUAUGAAAGCGUGCUGGAAGCUGCUGCAUCGAACUGAUCCGAAUACCAUGACACGCGAAGAGUAUGAGGGAAUGUACUCGACAUUGUUGUAUGAGUUGACAAUAUGCUGGGACGAAGAGACAAACGAUGCCGUUCUGGCCAAGAUGUGGCACCGUGAUGCGUCGUCGUUUCCAAACCUUGACUUCAAUCGAUUCUGCUGCUCCAUUUUCUUUUUUGUCGAAGUGUGGGUGCAAGAGAUCAAACAAGAAGCGUAUGAUCGAGUAUUCGGCAUCAUUCAGACGAUUCUGGCUGGCCAGGAAUAUGAUCAUAUACCAUCGUCCACAGAUUCAAAUGAGUCAAACUUCAAACCAACACUUGAGAGCUUCAGUGAUGCCUUUGAUCGUGAUCGAGAUCUGGAGAGUAUGAACCUGAAUAUCGGCAAAUCGAUCAUCUUUAACGCUAAAAAGUACUUCCAGCACUUUGGCUUGCCCCAGGAUACAAUUGAAGCCUCGAACAGUCAACGUUAUGGCCACUACGAAGGAGCAACAGCAACCAAGAGACCAAAGUCAGGUUGUUCAAACCCGCAGCUACUUCGCCCAGCGUCAUCUCGUCAGUCGCGCCUAAGCGUUUAUAACUCUUCUGCAACAGCUCCUCAGAGAUCUCCAUCAGUAAACGCACCCCGCACCACGAAUGCAUUCUUGUUAGCUGGAACAAUAGCUUUGAAGCCCUCGCAGUGA